CUUGCUCUUGUGCCGCGUCCUUUAACGGUAGGCAAAUGGAUUGGUUAAUGGGUAAAGCAAGGGGAGUAAGUCGUGGCUUUAUGCAUUCCCCUUCAAAUGUCGUGUCUUCAGCGGUGACAGAGCCAAUUUCAAUCGUUCAUAAUAGCGCAUGUGCUUCUCCAAAUGAUACUUCACCUGUAAAUACUAUCAGUCCAACUACUGAAAAUGACAACAGACGUUCUCCUAUUCCUAUUAAGGAUUACACUUUCAGUGAGUCACGCAAUAGCUUAACGAUACGUUCACGUGCAUCGUCUCCACUUUCGAUAAAUGUUCCAUCUCAGUUAACUGAUAAGUCUCCGCAUUCUCCAGGAUUAAAUACGAAAAAAGAAAGCAAUAUGGAUUCGAAAACACCGAUGUAUAUGAAAAACUUUUACGUUUCACAACAAUUACCAAUGUCUAUGGACUCAUCUUACCCGGAGUUUUGUGAUGUUGUCGAGCCGUUCCCAGCAAUGGAUACCAACGAAUGGCUAGCAGCACAUACUAUUGCUCUAUUCGAUAAUCUUAGCACAAUAUUUGAUGCUGUUUACGAGCUGUGUGUUUGCACAAGCUUAUGGGAAUCCUUGAAGGAUUCAGGAAUUCAAAAUAUUGUGUCUUCUCUUUUGCUUGAAAUUUCAACAAGCCCACUAGGUGUACAAGGGGAAGAUGACCGAAGUAAGAAAAGCAAGGGUCUCAUCGUGGGCUCUAUUGCGCAGUAUAGUAGAAUUUCGGCGCGUCAGGCAAUAGAUGGUGUUCUCUCUUCGUGUCAUGAUCUUAUUCAGUGUCCUCGUAUAUUUCCUAUAAGGAAUGGAGAGCAGUUUCCAUCUGAUUUGCCUCAGUACGUAUCCGUCAUUUGUAAAAAUAUUCUUGUUUGUAUUGUCCAUAUGUACGUUGCACACUUCAGUCAUUUAGACCAACUUGAGUUAAUCCCCCAUAUGAAUACAUUAGCUAGACAUUUUUUUGCCUUCAGUAAACGGUUUUCUCUCGUUGAUGAUAAACAGCUGGAUGCUUUAGCUUGUUUCAGUCAUACCGCAUUUAAUUCAAGUACUUGAAUGAUAUUAUUGGUACGUACGGGGAAUGCAUUUUUUCUAUGAAUCACACUCAUUCAGUUGUCUUUCAAAAUACGCUAGCAUUUGAACAUUCUUGCAGAGCAAUGAUAAUAUAUACCACUUCCUUAGGAUGAAUUUGUAGUACUUAUUUCCUUCAGUCGGAUUUCUGUAACUAUUCGGUUGUAAAUACUAUCUUUGCGGUGUGUUGUAGUUUGAUCCCCUUCGGUUUUUGACACAUCUAUUAUUUUAGUCAUUUGAUUAAAUCUUUAAAAGAAACUUUCAUUUUAUUUUACCAAGUGUUUAUUCCUGUGUAAAUAAGUUAACCUUGUUUCUAAAUAUACCUAAUUUGAAAGCUUAAUUGAACUUAUUUUGUGUUUCAUUUGUCAUUAUUUAGUCAGUUUGUGUCAUUAUCUCUUUGUUGUUAACCGGGUGCCUUUUUGAGGCUCAUGGUGCAUUAAGCAACUAUAAUAGUGUUACAACUUAGCUAGUUUAGAUUACUG